AGAAUAUUUUGACCGUGAGGCGAAAAAGAGGCAGGACCAAGAGACGAACCUGUGGAAUGAGCCAGGAGACCCCUCCCACUCUGAAAGAGAUGAUGACCGAACGCUGUAUAACCUUCUGCAGAACAGAGCCAAAACAUUCCGAGGGGCUGCCGGCGCAUGAGUAUCGGCAUUGAGGCCAUGAGAGAAGUGAGAAGAGAAGUGAGAGACAAAUGAAAGAUGAUCUUGAGAAUAUGGGAUUCAUGGCUGAAGCAGAGUCUCUGUUGACUGUGUCCGCCAGCGCAUCAUACGACCGCAUGAGAAACGCAGCGACUGCUCGAACGCUUCUGCAAACAUUGCACACUGAAACAUCCAUAUUCAACAGCAAAGAACCUCCACCUGAGAGAUACCUUUUCAUCCUGGAUCGGCUCAUAUAUCUGGAUGCUGCUGAAGAUUUUAUGGCCAAGGCUCGCCGUUUCUACCCCCCUAAAGAUGAUGAUGACGAAGAGAACAUAAGCGCACUCAGUGCAGUGAAUCUACCUCUUCUGCUGUCCUGUAUGAACCAGAAAAUCUCUGGAGGCGAGGAUGAGGAGGGCGAUGCCACCGGACCAGAAGAAUAACACUGAAACUGGAUUGGGUUUAUGCUUUGCAAAUCAGCUGGAAGGGUUUUGAAUGUAAAUGGUUUGGACUGAUGUAGGCUCAGGUCAAGAUGAGAAUAAAAUGGCAAAUCUGUAGAAUUGUCAAAAAUGUGAUCUUUGAACACAGGAUAGCAGAACAUGGACAGUGAGAGAUUACAAAUAUAUGAAUGUUGAUACAGUAUUUGCACAUUAGAGCAUGAGAUGGUUAGGAGAAACUGA